AUGUCCACCAUGAAGGCCAUCGUCAUCAAUGCUGCCCACGACGUAUCCCUGCAGGAGCGACCCAUCCCCAAAUGUCAGGACCCUACCGACGUAGUCAUCAAGGUAGAGCUUGCGGCACUCUGCGGAAGCGAUCUGCAUGUCUACAGAGGUCACCAAAAGGGAGGAUUUGGCUUCAUCAUGGGACAUGAAUUGGUAGGCCAUGUCCACGAGAUCGGCUCAGGCGUCAAGAGCUUCAAGGUAGGAGACUACGUCGUCUGUCCCUUUACCGUCAGCUGCGGUGAAUGCUUCUACUGCGCCCGAGGUCACACAGGUCGCUGCGUCAAGUCCAAGCUCAUCGGCUCUCCACUCCUGGACGGCGCCCAGGCCGAGUACGCUCGCAUCGCCAUGGGCGAGACCACCCUCUUCCAGGCACCCACUACAAUUCCAAAGGAGAUCCUAAUUCUCAUGGCGGACAUUUUCCCCACGGGCUACUUUGUUGCCAAGAAGGCCAAGGACCACCUGGUGCAAGCCGAAGGCGCAGGACACAAGGAGGAAACGACUUGCGUAGUCAUCGGCUGUGGUCCAGUUGGGCUCUGCGCCAUCACCUCUGCGACGGAAUUCUUCACCCACGUCUACGCAAUCGACUCUAUCCCCGCCCGUCUGGAUCUUGCCAAGAAGCACGGUGCUACAAAGACGUUCAAUUUCCAGGACAAGUCCGUUGAUUAUCUCUCUGAGAUUAAAUCCGUCACCAAUGGAAGGGGAGCAGAUGUUGCCCUCGAAGUCGUAGGACACCCAAGUGCACUGCAGACAGCAGUAGAGGUAGUACGUCCACACGGGAUCAUCUCUUCAUGCGGUGUACACACCCACCCACUCUCCCUUCAGGGUCCCGACUGUUAUAACAAGAAUCUCAAAUUCGACUUUGGAAGAUGUCCCGUACGAGCACUAUUUCGGGAUGCACUCAAGCUGCUCGAAAAGAAGCAGGACUUGUUCAAGGGAUUCGUGGAAAAUGUUGUACCGAUGGAGGAGUGUCAGGAGUGGUAUCAGAAGUUCGAGGUGAGUGAAACUUGGGGUGAUAGAUAG